GGAAGCCCUUGAAGGCCAGGCCCGAAUCCGCUCUCCUGACCUCCCCAGCUGUCUCCCGGUUCCUCACGUGUCGUGGGCAUGAAAUAAAUGUUAACCGGAUUCCCCAGCGGGGUUGGGAAACGGGACCUUGCUGUUCCCGCUGCACGGCGGGCUCUUGCAGGGCAAAGCUCGGUCCGUGUCUGUGCCACGGGACCUAGCACAGCGCCACGUACGGAGAACAGCAGGCUGCCCGCCUGAAGAAGCUACAGGAACAAGAAAAACAACAGAAGGUGGAGUUUCGUAAAAGGAUGGAGAAAGAGGUGUCCGAUUUCAUCCAAGACAGCCGGCAGAUCAAGAAAAAGUUUCAGCCGAUGAACAAGAUCGAGAGGAGCAUCCUACACGAUGUGGUGGAGGUGGCUGGCCUGACGUCCUUCUCCUUCGGGGAAGAUGAUGAGUGUCGCUACGUCAUGAUCUUCAAGAAGGAGUUCGCGCCCUCAGAUGAAGAGCUGGAGUCCUACCGUCGCGGCGAGGAGUGGGACCCCCAGAAAGCUGAGGAGAAGCGCAAGCUGAAGGAGCUGGCCCAGCGGCAGGAGGAGGAGGCAGCCCAGCAGGGCCCCGUGGUGGUGAGCCCCGCCAGCGACUACAAAGACAAGUACAGCCACCUCAUCGGCAAGGGGGCGGCCAAGGACGCGGCCCACAUGCUACAGGCCAACAAGACCUAUGGCUGUGUGCCCGUGGCCAACAAGAGGGACACGCGCUCCAUCGAAGAGGCCAUGAACGAGAUCCGGGCCAAGAAGCGGCUGCGGCAGAGCGGGGAAGAGCUGCCACCGACGUCCUAGGCGCCCCAGCAACCGGGGCGGGCCGGGGACAGGGGGACAGGCUGCUGCUAUUAGGACCCAUCCUGGAGCCCCACCUCCGCACCGCCUCCCGUCCGCGGGCACCGGGCCGGGGAGGCGGGUA